AUGACUUUCGCUGGAAGUAUGAAGCGGGCUUGGGCAGUUGACUUUCUUAUGACCCUCUGCUUGGUUUUUCAGCCAUGUUGGGGUCAGUAUCAUGGUGAAAAGGGAAUUUCUAUACCUGAGCACGGGUUUUGCCAGCCCAUUUCCAUUCCGCUGUGCACGGACAUUGCAUACAAUCAAACUAUUAUGCCGAACCUUUUGGGCCACACCAACCAAGAGGACGCCGGAUUAGAAGUACACCAGUUCUACCCACUGGUGAAAGUUCAGUGUUCUAUGGACCUGAAGUUUUUCCUGUGUUCGAUGUAUGCGCCGGUAUGCACGGUGCUAGAGCAAGCUAUCCCACCGUGUCGCUCGCUGUGUGAACGGGCGAGACAAGGCUGCGAAGCGCUCAUGAAUAAAUUCGGUUUCCAGUGGCCUGAGAGACUGCGUUGUGAGAAUUUCCCUGUCCACGGCGCAGGUGAGAUUUGCGUAGGCCAGAACACAUCGGACACGGGAAGCCCAACAUCUGAUCCUACACCCUACGUCCCUGAACUGAUCACAUUGCCUCCCAAUGUGGGCCACCCUAACCAACAAUUCUCAUGCCCACUACAGCUGAAGGUGCCUUCCUAUCUGAAUUACUACUUCAUGGGCGAGAAGGACUGCGGCGCGCCAUGCGAGCCCACUAAGCCCAACGGCUUGAUGUAUUUCCGUGAGGAAGAAGUAAAGUUCGGUCGACUUUGGGUGGGCAUCUGGUCUAUUCUGUGCUGUGUGAGCACUCUGUUCACAGUACUCACUUAUUUAGUGGACAUGAGACGUUUUCGAUACCCUGAGCGGCCCAUCAUCUUUCUCUCUGGUUGCUAUUUUAUGGUGGCAGUUGCCUACGCAGCGGGUUUUUUCUUAGAGGAUAAAGUAGUUUGCAUUGAUAAAUUCAAUGACGAUGGUUACAAAACUGUUGCUCAGGGCACAAAGAAGGAGGGGUGCACCAUUCUUUUUAUGAUUCUCUAUUUCUUCGGCAUGGCCAGUUCUAUUUGGUGGGUAAUUUUGUCUCUCACAUGGUUCCUCUCAGCGGGAAUGAAGUGGGGUCACGAGGCUAUUGAGGCAAACUCUCAGUACUUCCACCUCGCUGCCUGGGCCGUUCCGGCCGUCAAGACCAUAACUAUUCUUGCCAUGGGUCAAGUAGACGGUGACCUACUCACAGGCGUAUGCUACGUUGGCAUCUACAACGUGGACUCUUUGCGUGGGUUCGUCCUAGCACCUCUCUUCGUCUACCUCUUCAUAGGCACGUCUUUCCUUCUUGCAGGAUUCGUGUCCCUCUUCAGAAUCAGAACCAUAAUGAAACAUGAUGGCACAAAGACGGAGAAGCUCGAGAGGUUGAUGGUGCGGAUCGGAGUCUUCAGUGUACUGUACACAGUCCCUGCCACUAUAGUGAUUGCAUGUUAUUUCUAUGAACAGGCUUUCCGUGAGCAAUGGGAGAAGACUUGGCACAAGCAAACUUGUAAGCGUUUCGCUGUUCCUUGCCCGGCCAACAAUUUUGCUCCAAUGUCUCCAGACUUCACUGUCUUUAUGAUUAAAUAUCUCAUGACCAUGAUUGUUGGCAUCACCUCUGGAUUUUGGAUAUGGUCGGGAAAAACGCUGCAGUCAUGGCGCAGGUUUUAUAAAAGACUCAGUAAUAGCAACCAAGGCGAGACAACAGUAUGA